CACUAUCAUAAACUUAGUUUGGAGUAUCAUUCUGCGGUGCAAGCCAGAACCCUCUCAGAAACACUUGUGAUUUUUGUAAACUCUUUAAGCUGUAAACUGACUUUAUGCAAUACACAAUCUUAUCUUUACAUGCAUUAGCUAAAGUGAAAUGGAGACCUCUAAUUCUAAAGAAGUCAGGAAUACAAAAAGGAAUCCAAGAAAGGAUUUUAGAAUGAAACUAACUGAAGUUCCAAGAAAUGAAAUCUGUAAGAAAGAAAACAAAUCUAUUGAGGCGCAGAGAAUGUCUCUCCCAGUUUUCGAAUUAAAGGAUAAGUUCAUUGAAGCUGUGAGAUCAAACCAGAUUCUGAUUGUUGUUGGAGAAACAGGAAGUGGGAAAAGUACCCAGCUAACUCAGUAUCUGGUGGAGGCUGGGUUUACUGAACAAGGGCGGAUUGGGUGCACUCAGCCUAGAAAGGUUGCAGCUGUAUCUCUAGCCAAGAGAGUAGCCAAGGAGUAUAGAUGUAGAUUGGGUUAUGAAGUAGGAUAUGCUGUUCGGUUUGAUAAUUGCACAACUAACAAGACCAUCAUCAAGUACAUGACUGAGGGUAUACUUUUGAGAGAAACUCUAUCAGACCGUAAUAUGAGUGGCUAUAGUUGCAUUAUGUUGGAUGAAGCUCAUGAAAGGACAAUCAACACUGAUGUGCUAUUUGGUCUUCUGAAGGAAACUGUAAGGGAACGGCCAGAUCUCAAGCUAAUUAUUACUUCAGCCACUCUAGAUGCAGCCAAGUUUUCAUCCUACUUCAAUCAGGCCCCAAUUUUUGAAAUUCCUGGACGAACUUUUCCGGUGGAAAUUAUAUAUGACAGGUUAUUAACCUCAGACUACCUUGGAGAAUGCUUGAAAAAAAUCCUGAAAAUUCAUCGAUCUGAACCACCAGGAGACAUUCUGGUGUUUUUGACAGGACAGGAAGAGAUAGAUGACACUUGUGAGGCACUUGAAAAAUGGAAAAUGUCAGACGAAGGAUCCAGUACUUUGCAAGUGUAUCCCAUGUACAGCGCUCUUCCUUUAGAGAAGCAAAUGAGAAUAUAUGAGAAACCACUGCUUGGCUGCCGGAAAGUAAUCAUAUCCACAAACAUUGCAGAAACAAGUUUGACAAUUGAUGGAGUGCUCUAUGUUGUGGAUUCUGGGCUAUGUAAACAGAAUGUGUACAACCCACACCAGGAAAUAUCUACAUUACGUGUGACCAAGAUUUCUCAAGCUGAAGCAAAACAAAGAUCAGGGCGGGCAGGGAGAACAGCUCCAGGGAAAACUUAUAGACUAUACACAGAAGCUGAAUUCAAAAACAUGGUACCCACGCCAAUUCCAGAGAUAAAAAGAUCAAACUUAUCAACAAUGGUCCUGCAGUUAAAGGCAAUGGGGAUAGAUGAUUUGCCAAAGUUUGAUUUCCUGGAUCCCCCAACUUUAAACUCUCUGGACCAUGCACUAGAGAUUCUACAUUCACUAUCUGCAGUCACUGAUAGAGGAUUGUUGACCCGGCUGGGUAAGCAGAUGGCAGAGUUACCUCUGGAUCCAAUACUUUCGAAGAUGCUACUGGUGUCAGUGGAUGAGGGUUGUAUAAAAGAGAUUUUGAGCAUUGUUUCCCUUCUUUCUGUAAACAACAAUGUGUUUAUCAGGCCAAACAAACCCAAAGAUAAGCAAAAGUUGGCAGAUGAGAAGAAAGCUCAGUUUAUCAAGGAGGAGGGAGACAUUCUUACUCUUCUGGAAGCGUAUGAUUCAUGGAUUGAUAAUGAGAAAAGUAUUUCUUGGUGCAAGGAAAACUUUCUGGACUUCAAAACUUUAAAAGAAGCAGAGGCUAUCAGAAAUCAGCUGCUCAUCAAGAUGAACUUCACUGAGAACAGCAUCUCAAGCUGUCAUGGAGAUUUGAUCAGUGUCCAAAGAUCUAUUUGUGCUGGGCUUAUCAGAAAUAUUGCUUCUAGAACUAUCAAAAGCGAAUAUAGUCUUGGCAAUCAGGUAGUAUUUAUACAUCCUGGAAGUACAGUUUUCAUACAGAAGCCAGAUUAUGUUGUCUGUCAUGAAAUUGUUGAAACCUCAAAAAAGUAUAUGCGUAUGCUGACAAUUGUACUACCUUAUUGGGAGUAUGAGUUCAAACCCAGCACAUCCUAUGUCCAUCUGAAAUCUGAAAAAGAAACCCUGAAACCUAGAACUCCUAAACCGAAACUUUCAGAAGAUCCUCCCUCUUAUGAAUCUACAGUCCGACAUGACUAUGCUUGGCAUGCAUCUUCUCAGUUCAAACCUUCUGCUCCUGACCCUCCAUCAUUCAAACCUUCAAUGCCAUCCCAAUCUCCUACACCUCCUACCCCUACACCUCAGCCUCCACCUCCACCUCCGCCUUCUAAGUCCAGAUGCAUUAUUUCUUAGUUUGCAAUUUUAUGGUCAGAUUUUGAAAACUUCAUAAAAAAGGUUCUAAAAAGAAGUAAAUAAGAAAAUGUUGGAAUGCGGUACUGUAAUAAAAAAAUCUUUAUUAUUUCUCAAUUAGCAACAUUUCACAAUCUACAAUUCUCAUUGGCUUAUAAUGGGCCAACCAAUUAAAACAAACUACUCUGGUAAGUGUAAGGCGGGUCCAAACUACAUAGUAAAUUGGGAUU